CUGGCAUCGCUUCCUGUGGUAACGGGAUUUCCGUCAACAACAGAUGAAUUCGAUCAUAACAUCCCAGACGAGCGGAAACUGUGUUUCGUGAUCUUUUAAGAUCUCCGGGAGGUGUAAAAUAUAUCUAGCCACAGCUGAUUUCAGUAUUCACAUCUGUCCAAACAAGUCUGACACGAUCACAUAUUUGUAAUGAUGAGCGGCUGGGACGUGUCUGUCUUGGGGUGUGUUUCAGUGCAGGAUGAACUCUCAGGUGGUGCGCAGGGGCUUCAGCGUCCAGCAGUCGGACCUGAUGUGUAAGAGAGGAUGCGGUUUCUACGGUAACGCCGUCUGGCAGGGCCUCUGCUCCAGAUGCUGGCGUCAGGAGAACCAGUGCAGCCGAGCCAGGCAGAUAGAGGAGGACAGAGCGCUGGCCGAGAGGCUCCAGAGAGAGGAGGAGGCGGCGUACGCCAGCAGCAGCCGUGAGGAGGAGCGAUCACGACCAGAAUCCUCCAAACCACACAGCACUGUGCCCAUCGUGAAGAGGCUCUUCACCUCUGCUCCCAAAACACCCGCAAGGAGAGAUGCAGGAGCUCCGAAGACAGCCGUGAGCCAGAGCACCUCACUCAGCCGUGACCAUGUGACACAGCACUUCAUUGACUUCCUCAAGACCUUCCAGAGACCUGGAUAUGACAUUUUUAAACAGUGCCAUGCCUUCGUUGAAAAUAUUGCACACAAAAAGGUGUCUGUAGCUGGUGAAGAUUUCUCAGACUCUGUGCAGGAUUUCUAUCAAAACGUGUCAGAAUACCUACAGAACAACUUAAAAGGGUCUCCAGAUGUGAUGGAGACGGUGAUGGAUGAGGUGGAGCGGUAUGUGAUGAGCCGUCUGUAUAAGCAGCUCUUCUGCCCUGACCACACAGACGAUGAGAAGAAAGACCUGGCCAUCCAGAAGAGAAUCAGGGCUUUGCACUGGGUGUCCAUUGCGAUGCUGUGUGCUCCAGUCGACGAGCAGAUCCCUAAAGUAUCAGACAGUGUGGAGAGAGCCAUAACAGACCUGAUUGACUUUGACUCUAAAAAGGUUCCCAAGGAGAAGCUGGCGUGUGUCACCAGGUGUAGUAAACACAUCAUGACUGCCGUCCAGGGCAGUAUGAAAGCCGCCGCCUCAGCUGAUGACUUUCUGCCCACUCUCGUCUACAUCGUGCUGAAGGCCAAUCCACCUCGAUUACACUCCAACAUCCAGUACAUCACACGCUUCUGCAACCCCAGCCGCCUCAUGAGCGGAGAGGACGGCUAUUACUUCACCAACCUGUGCUGCGCCGUGGCGUUCAUCGAGAAGCUUGACGCGCAGUCGCUGAACCUGAGUCAUGAAGACUUUGAGCUCUACAUGUCCGGUGCAUCGUCUCCGCCGGGUCCCAAGACCGCGUCAUCUGGCCACAGCUCACAGAACGGCUUUAGAGAGCCGAGGAGAGCAGAGGAAACAGACCUCAUCGAGUGGAACGACGGUCAGGAGCUCUCAGUGCUGGGCUUGUUGGAAGAGCCUCCUGUACGGACACACACCUCCAACACAUUCACUAUUGACUCAGACAACGUAGACGGCGAUAGCCUGCCUCCUCCGUUACAGCCGCAGAAGUUCCCAUCUUUACUGGACACAGACUGACCACAACAUGCACUUCUCACCACAGCUCUUCUGUCUGCAGGUCACUGAUGGUCUCUGUACCUGUAAUGGGACUGAAUGCAUUCACACUUGGGUCCACUAUAGGGCGAUCAGUGGUCACAGGUUUAUAUUUCACUCCAAAAUGAAAGCAAAUAAAAAGAAAAGAAUUAGAAUUCUAGUUUUAGGACCAUAAUGAUUUUCCGUGGUAUUGUGGAAAAUAAAAAAAACAAUACUUGAUAUCAUAAUGUAUUUAUAUGUCAUCCUGGUGGUAUUGGCUGCACUGCAUUUCAUUUGUGUAAAUAUAAAUGUUAAAAAACAAUUAUUGCAUUACUGAGAAUCACUACUGAGAAUGAGAACUACACAGAAAAAGAGAAAUGUUUUAUGAUGUUUUGAAAAUAACGUUACAAUGCCAUCAGUUUAAAAAAAAUAAUAAUAAUAAGCAUGAUUUCUAUUGAUUUUGGGGUGAAAUAUGGCCUGGGAAUGUUUUCAUGUGAUAUAAUAAUAUAGAUUCUCUUCUUGACCUCCUUUAAAAAAAUUCCGGUUAUUUUUAAUUAGAGUGUGAAUUUAGACAGAUGGUGGGUAUUAAUUAUAAAUAGUUUAAAUUUAUUGUUUCUUGCACUGAUUUUAUUGCUUUAUGCAACUCACUGAAAUAUGAGAACAUAUAACUUAUUAGUACACAUAAUUUAUUUCAGUUUUGCCUCAACUUAAGAGUUUCAACUCAACUUCCUUAAGUUCUCUAGCCAUUAUUAUUGGCAUUAGUGGUCUUUUGAAUUGAGAAUAAAAAAUAAGGACAGAACCGGUGUGGGUUAGAUUUGAAUAGCUGCCCUGUUAAUAGUAUAGUUGAGUCACUCAGAAUCCGGUGUGAAGUCAUCUUUACUGUGAUCAUUGUUGUGCUAGGAUUUGUCAAGGCAUGUUGUGAUGAACAGUAGUUAUGCUACAGACGAGCUUGUGGUUUAAUGGACACCAGCGCAUUAGUAAACAAGAUUUCACUCAGUGUAACAAAUGAGUCUUUAACAUGGUACUAUUUAAAAAUGUAUAGUCUUGUAUUUAUUUUCUUCAUAUUUAACUUUGAAGAAAUUAUGUAACAGUAUGAAAGAAAAACUGGUUUUGUGAUUUCGUGAGUUCUUUAUUUUAAACACUUUUUGAACCUUUGUCCUAUGAAAAAUAUUGCUUAUGCAUGCAAAGUUACAGUUUUGCUGUGGUAUGUGGUUUCCCAUUACGAACACUUUGUAACCUCAUUUAGUUAUCUAAAUGAUCUGGGGAUGAAGCCAGAAAUAUGCUAUUUAAACAGUUAUAAAUAAAAUGAUCUGUUGAAGAAAUAGAAAA